GUGUGUUGACUGGUGAACAAAUGCUUGGUGUUCAGAGAGAUGAUGCAAAGCAAAGAGCUACAGAUUUUCAAGACCUUGCGCUACGAUUUGAAGAGCUUCAGAUAAAGGUGACUGGCAAAGAACAUGAGAUGGAGCAAGCCAUGAUCCGAAACAAAAUUGAGCACAAAGAGGUAAUCGAGCGCCUAGGAAAUGAGCUCAGUGAUAUCGAAGAACGCUACAAAGACCUUGCUAAAAAGAACACAAACAGCGAAAAUGAACUGAAACAGAAAAACGAAGAAAUUGAACAAGCCAGAGAGGAAAUCAAUAGAAUAAGGGCAGAGUGUUCAUUUUGUCAGAGUCAAGUAGAGGACACAAGUAAUGCCUUGAAAGAAGUCGAGAUGUUGCUGAAAAAUGAAAAGAAGGAACAAGAGAGAGCAAUGCAGGAGUAUCAACAACUGGAGGGGCAGUAUAAGGCUGAGAUACUUGCUUUAAAAAACUCUUGUUCAGAAAAAGAUAAUGAGCUGAGGCUACAAACAAGUAAUUUGCUUGGCAAAGAAGAAGAACUCAAAGAGUCAAAUUCAACCGUCAGUAGUCUUAAUGAAGCACUCCUGAGGAAAAAUCUGGAGAUAGAAGAUUUGCUGGGACAAUUAAAAGAAGCUAGCGAGAAAAAUUCUGAAAUGAAGUAUGAAGUGAGCAGUCUAGCUGAAAAGUUGCAAAAUUUACAGCAAAUUCUAAACGAUGUAGAGUCUUCAUUAAAGAUAACUAAAGAAGAAGAGGAAAAGAUGAGGAUAUCAUUAGAAAACGAGAAAACAAGAAAUUUACAGCUCAAAGAGGAGGCAGAAAUUUUACAAAACGAACUCAACAAGGCUAAAGAGUUAGAAUCUGAAGUAAACAAAAUGAAAGAAAAGAUAGAAGAGCUCGAAGGCAACAAGGAAGAAUUAGAGUUUCAAGCUAAUUUUGCCAUGUCACAAGUUGAAGAAAUUACGUCGCAAUUCCAGGUAAUUACCAGCAAAAAUCAAACACUAGAGGACGAAGCAGCAAAAAUAAAGAAAGAUUCUUGUCAAGUAGAAAUCAAGCACGAAGAAGCUUUGAAAGAGCUGCGAGCUAAAGAAACCAAAGUCGCAGAAAUGAUUUCAGAGUUAAAUAAGUCAAGAGAAGAAUUCAGCCUUCUUCAAGCAAAAUAUGAAAAAAUGUGCCUUGAAAAAUGCAACAAUGAAGGUACACUGCAGGAACUAAUGAUGUCAAGAGACAAGUCGGUCAAUAUGGCAGAAAAUAAAGUAAAGAGUUUGCAAGAAAGAGUUUCUGCAAAGGUAAAACAAAUCAGUAAAUUACAAUCUGAAAUUAAAUCUCUGAAAUCACAGCUAAAGUCUCAAGAAAAACUGACACAAAAGAUGGAAAGUGACCUUUCAGCUGCUAAUGAAAACUGUAAAGCUUUAGAACAAAGUAACACAGAGAUUACCGAUGCUAUCAAACAGAAGGAAAAAUCAAUAGAAGAAAGUUAUGAACAAUUAAGAGUGACAUCUGACAAGAAAGAAAAGGAAAGAGAACAUCUUGAAAAAAAGAUGGAUGAACUAAAGAAAACAGCAGAGAUCUCAAAUGAACAAUGUCUAUUUGCUCAAAAGGAACUAGCUAGUGCAAAGCAAGCAUAUGAGGCAGACAUAUCCGAAAUGUGCAGGACACUUGAAACGUACAAGAUGGAGAACGAAAAGUUGAUGAAUGUCAAAGAAAAGGAGUUAGACCAGAAGACGAAAGAUAUAUUGGAAUCGAAAGACAAGUUGGAGUCUUUGGUAAGAGAGAGAGACCAAGAAUUACAGAUGUUUCAAAAACAAAUCGCAGAAAAAAAUGAAAAGAUUGAAGAGCUCAUUCAGAAAUUGAUAUCUGCAAACAAAGUUCCCAGGGAAGAAAAGCAGCCGAAAGCUCCUUUCGAUAUGGACGUUGAGAUGGUUUCUGUGAAAGCUAAAGGCCGGGAAGAGAUUGAAUCUUCAAGAAAAUCUCCAAAUGGAACCAUGGAUCAGGCUCAUACGCAGAGAACAGAAAGUCCACAUGUACGAAAGUUGUUCCCAAAGUCGCCACUUGCUACACCUUCAACAACUCCAAGAGCUUCUUUGCAAACUCCACAAAGCAUCCUUCGAUAUGGAGACGACAGACCUGGUAAAUCAAAGAGAGUUGCAUUCAAUUUUAAUGAUGAUGAAUCUUCAGACGAAGAGGAUCCAUUGAACAAAAGGCAAAGAGUACCAAACACCUCAGCAACAUCUAAACUGCCAAGCAAAAUAAUAUCCGUUAAACCCACUGUCCGAGAAUCUCCCAAACUGGUAGUGCCACCGACACCAAAAGGCACCAGGACAGAGAAAGUCUAUAAUCGAGGACAUUCUGAUAAAAAAUCACCUGGCUUAGACAAGGCAAAGAAAGUAAGAAAUUCGGAAGAGAUAGACCAGUUUAAUAAACUCUUCCCUAAGCAAACAGGAGUCGAAGAAAAGGGAAGAAAAAGUGAAGAGAAGUCAAAGAAACCAGCUUUCAAGAGCAAAAUCAAGAAGGUGGUGCCACGAACAAAGAAAUCUUCAACAGAGAAAAUGGAUCUUUCAUGGUUUGAUGCGGACUCAGCUUUUGGUUUUGGAUCUGAGGAAUAAUUUGUAAGAACUUCACACUGUUUAUGAAGUUAAACAUGGUUUGGGUUCGCAGUGAAAAAAACGUUGCAAAUCAAUGAGUUACUGGAUUACAAGUUUGACAUCUUCUUCCCUUAGAAGUCUUAAUAAGGAUCUAAGUUGUAAAAGGUAUUUGGAUUUUUAGACUUCAAUUUCGCUUGUAAUAGCUUAAACAUACUUGAAAUUCCGUCAUUCAAAAAUUAUGCAUUCGCUAGUAAUUAAGAACAUUUAUACUGAUGGCCUUUAGAAUACAGUUCCUUUGAUUUCAAUAACAGUACUAUGAUCGUUGAAUAGGUCUUGCUGACAUUCCAGAGACUUUGAAGACUGUUGCAAUGGCAACUAUAGCAUGUGCUCAUUGCUAACCAUAACAUUAUGGCUUUAAAAGCGUUUGUGCUCAUUGCUAACCAUAACAUUAUGGCUUUAAAAGCGUUUGUUUACAUGUAUUUGAGUUUUUUGAAUUUUUCACCGACUAUGCUGAUAAAAAUACAAUGAGUUGUUGUAUUCAAGAGGGGUUUUAUCACGAAUUAUUGGGCUUAUUUGUAUUGAUGACUUCUUAAGCAAGAGAUUUGCAAGCGGUUCUGAAACAUUGCACUUCAAUUGCCAUCAGCAUAGUUAGUAAUAGUUUUACCAAAAGGGCUAGGUUUCGAUAUCUUUAAGCAUCAAUGGAAAAGUGUGAAUCAUACGUUUGAACUUUUGCGAAUAAUUUAAGGUAUUUUCUUUGAUUGGGAACUUCACGCAUACAUUUCUGAAACUCAACCAAAAUUACCAAAUAUUCGAAGCAAGGAACUUUUACAAGUCUAGGAACAUGUAACAGAAAAACAUGAAUUGUAAAUGACAUUUUGUAGUGCGUUAAGUGAAAUUGUGCAGACUGCUAUCCACCAUAAUUGAAAAGAAAAACUUUGACAAUAUCUUCCUGAGUAAUGAAUACCAUUAAGGUUCCACGUGUUUUCUUUAUUUUCAAUGUUGUUGUUGUUAGUUGCUAUGAAUUCAUAAUUUUUUAAAAAAAGCAUACUGUUGAGUAAUUGUAAUGUCGACAAUAUUAAAAAUAAAUAGGCUAUUUUGCAUUUAACCAUAAUACGUUGACUAUUCGACAAUGCCGAUUUCACUGUUCAACUUAUAGUAUGAUCAUAUAAUUUAUAUUGUUAUGAAACAAUUGUAAAAUAAAGGAAUGAAAAGGACAAGA